AACUGUCAACUCAAUUAAAAAUUAUAGGUUAUCCUGUGCUGUCACAUAAUUUUUACAUAAAUUGGCUAUUCGAAUUAUAAAUCCUUAAGACUAACAUUCACAAUGGAUACGCUAUCAACUGGUUCACUUAGCGGAGCGCAAAAGGAGGAGUUGAUGGACCAAGUGAAACAACAAAUCGCCAUAGCAAACGCUCAGGAACUACUGACGAAAAUGUCCGAAAAGUGUUUCAAAAAGUGCAUUAGCAAACCGGGCACCUCUUUGGACAACUCGGAACAGAAAUGUAUAGCAAUGUGUAUGGACAGGUAUAUGGACGCGUGGAAUCUGGUGUCGCGGACGUACAGUAGUCGCAUUCAGCGCGAGAGGAACAUGUGAGAGCCGCCGCGGCCUCGCGUGCGCCAAUACGAGUCACUGCAGUGUAAAUAUAGAUAACAGUAGAUACAUGGUCAAAUUGUGAGUUGCGACCGCUGAUUAUGUUCAUGUGUUCAAUAAAUACUUUAGGUUGUUAUUUGUUUUUAUUAUGUAAAUGCACUUUCAAUUAAUCCUUUGAUGUGUAAAAUGAGAUUAUAGCCAGCUUUAUUGGCUUUGCUCACAUGACUAGAACAUAAUAUGCAAGGACGCUGUUACAAUGAUUGUAUUCCAAUUUUAAAAGAGUUACAAUAAACAUGGUUGAUGGAAAACA